CUCGUUUUUCCUCCUGCAUUCUAGAAUAACGUUCUUUUCUUCUUGAUACAUAAACAUGACACGUGGUCAUGUUUAAACUAAAUGCUGCAUAAGCUGAAAUAAUAAAACGGUGCGUAUUUGGCUAAACUUAAAACGGUGUGUUUUUACGAAGUUUAAAUUCUCAGACUGUUAAUAACGGUCUCAGAUUGUUCUAACAGUCAUUUCUUUUUCUUCUCUGGAAUUGAUCCUUACUUUUAAGGCUGAGCCCGUGACAAUGCCCCUUCCUUUAGAGAGUGUCCUUGUCCUCAAGGGUGAAAUUAGGAAACCUCAAUGCCAAUUCUUCGAGUACCUCCCUAGUGGCUUCUGUUGGAGGCAGUCCUUUCUAGAGAAUCAACAACUGCAAGACUGCCUGAAGAUUCUUUUUCACCAUUCUUCGUCCCAAGAUAGCUUGUGGCUGGAGAGUGGGUUCCCCGGGGAAAUCAGGUAAACUGGCGUGCACCAUUUUGUUUCCCACUCGCUUCUUCAACUGCGAGACAUGAGAAACUAGAUGAAUGGUAGCAGAUGGAGGUGAUAUCAACUUGUAAGUAAUUUCAAGUUAAUAUUUAAAAUUAAAAAGCUUAAGUAAUUUCAACAAUGUUUUAAUACUAAAAGUAAAUGAACUCUAGUUUUAAUUUGGCAUGAAAAAUGCCUCAUUAACAGUGUUUUAACAAUUUUUUCCCAGCAUGGAGUGCUUCUACUCGCCUUACUCAGCAGUUUAGACUUCCAACCAGCUAGUCGACAAUGAAUCUUCUCUAAAAUAUGCUUAAAUUAACGACUCCUUGCUCCUCUUGACAUCCAAAGGCACACCCAGAAUUGGCAAAUUUAUGAAGCACUCAGUGGCGGAGGCAGGGGGAGGCUGGCAGGGGCCCAGUGGCCCCUGUAAGAAAAUUUUUCUCAGCCUCCCCCUUUGUAAAAUAUUUAAAAUUUUAUUUUUUUAAAAAAAUUUCUUUUAAUUUAGCCCCCUUACUUUUUUGGAAGCACUAACAUCAACUUGCAUAGUUAGCCCGUUAUUGGCGUCAUAUUUUUUGUUUGGGCCGUGGGGGAAAUUUAACGAUGCGUGUUUAACUGGAUUCUUACAAUUGAAUAACGACUAUGCCAAUGUUCUUGGCUGCUGCCCUGGUUCUUCCCGCCCAAAGUAUAAGACCACCACCAUAACCUAAUUACACCAAUUCCUAAUUCUCUCUCUGUCUCUCUCUCCGCUCCGAAUUCUCCAAUACUUUCUCUUUGCAUUCCAAAUUCUCUGCUCUCUCUCUCUCUCUCUCUCUCUAUUACUGGUUUCUUUAUUUCAUCUUCUUUACUUCAAGAAUGGAUGAUAUCCCUGACGCUACGGCUAGGCUUAUCUCUAUCAUCAAUCGUGGAUCAUCCGCCUUAAAAAAUGCCCACUUUGAUAAAGCUGCUAGAUACUUCAAGAAGGCUCGUGAUGCCAGCGUUCAUCUCCAAGGUGAACGUACUUUGGAACGCUCCCUUUUGCACCAUUUAUAUGGUGUUUCCUUGCUGUACGAAAUUCCAUUUCAGGGAGAUGAUGAUCCGUUGGAAUUUUUACCGAGGGAAGCUGAUUACUAUCUUGCUAAAGAUAGACCUUAUAGUUCUUAUAGCAAGUUAUACAGCGGUACUGUUAGCCAAGAAGACUAUACAAAUCAGAUGGAAGCUGCACAGAAAGAACUAAAGAUUGCAUGGUCAAUUCUGGAAAAUGAAUCAAACUGCUUAAUAGAGAAAGCUAAUACACUCUGCGCCCUUGGGGAGGUUGCAUUGAGAAGGGGGGAACCAAAUCCUGAGCGUUAUUAUAUCCAAGCAUCAUCCUUUUUUGAGAGUUUGGAAGGAGAAAUUCAUAAACAGCGAAUAGUCCAUAUAAAUGUCAAAAUAUGCAUCUGCCUUGAGGGUAGUGACAAGAUUAAAGCCAUUGAAUAUGGCGAGAAGGCUCUGUCAUCCUAUCAGACUCAACUGAAGCGGCUAAUAUCUGAAACACAGAGCUCAUCCAAAUCUGUAGAAGCACAAACUUCCUCUGAUUCGGAAUCGUCUUCAGCCACACAAAUUGAUCCUUCUAUCCAGAAAAAGAAAAAUGAAAGGAGCAUGCUGAUUAAAAUUUUAACUUGAUGAUCUGAAGGCAGGUUCAUCCACCUCACCAAACCUGGAAGGAACUUCAGUGGCUCCAGCUGGUCAUAGAGAUGGAAAAGAAAAAUUGUCCCAAUUAAUACAAGUCCUGAGAAUUGAUAAGCAGUUUGAUA